GGCUCCUCUCGCGAGGCCCCGCGGAACGGAGCCAGGAGGCCCUGCAUCCUGUGGAGGUCGUUGGAGUCACUAGCCCGCCGCUGGCUCUGUCGCUUGCUGGUCCGCGCCCUGCCCGCCCCAGCCAUGCUGUCCGCCCUCGCUCGGCCUGCCGGCGCCGCUCUCCGCCGCAGCUUCAGCACCUCGGCCCAGAACAAUGCUAAAGUAGCUGUGCUCGGGGCUUCCGGAGGAAUUGGGCAGCCCCUUUCGCUUCUCCUGAAGAAUAGCCCUUUGGUGAGCCGCCUGACCCUCUAUGAUAUUGCUCAUACACCCGGAGUGGCCGCAGAUCUGAGCCACAUUGAGACCAGAGCGUCUGUGAAAGGCUACCUCGGACCUGAGCAACUACCAGACUGCCUGAAAGGUUGUGAUUUGGUGGUUAUUCCAGCUGGAGUCCCAAGAAAACCAGGCAUGACUCGGGAUGACCUGUUCAACACCAAUGCCACAAUUGUGGCCAACCUGACUGCUGCCUGUGCCCAGAAUUGCCCUGAGGCCAUGAUCUGUGUCAUUGCAAAUCCGGUUAACUCCACCAUCCCAAUCACAUCUGAAGUUUUUAAGAAGCAUGGAGUAUACAACCCCAAUAAGAUAUUUGGGGUGACAACCCUGGACGUUGUCAGAGCCAAUGCUUUUGUUGCAGAACUGAAGGGUUUGGAUCCAGCUCGAGUCAAUGUUCCUGUCAUUGGUGGCCACGCUGGGAAGACCAUCAUCCCCCUGAUCUCUCAGUGCACUCCCAAGGUGGAAUUCCCCCAGGACCAGCUGACAACGCUCACUGGACGGAUCCAGGAGGCUGGCACGGAGGUGGUCAAGGCUAAAGCUGGAGCAGGCUCUGCCACCUUGUCCAUGGCAUAUGCUGGAGCACGGUUUGUCUUUUCCCUUUUGGAUGCAAUCAACGGAAAGGAAGGAGUUGUCGAAUGUUCCUUUGUUAAGUCCCAAGAAACGGACUGUUCCUAUUUCUCCACACCAUUGCUGCUGGGGAAAAAGGGCAUUGAGAAGAAUCUAGGCAUUGGCAAAAUCUCCUCUUUCGAAGAGAAGAUGAUAGCUGAGGCCAUUCCUGAGCUGAAAGCCUCAAUCAAGAAAGGAGAAGACUUUGUAAAGAACAUGAAAUGAGAAAGCAGUUAGUGAGCAAUCCAUUUCCUUAACUUAUUAAGGCAUCAUGUCACUGUAAAAGCCAUUUCAGGUAUCUUUCUGUUUCAGUUUUGAUGAUGGAUAUCUAUUAACAUUACCAUCCCUUCCAGAUCAUGGGUCAGUUUACUACUGGUGCAUUAAUAAAAGCAGGCUUUGAUAUUCUU